UAUUUAUUGUAUUGAUGGACAUCUACAUACACCUCAUGAACGUGAUUAAUUAAGCCAUUAAACUACAAUAUGGAUUAGUAGUAAUUAAUAAUUGUUAGUUGAAGUUUUAAAAUGUGGAAUGUGACACAAUUGUUUGCGGAUGAGAUAUAUAAUACGGGAAUGGCAUCAUUGAAAUCCUAAUAGACCUUGUUAUCCUCCAGGAGUCAUCAAUAAGAAUGCGAGAGAUGGAGAACAAAGUUUUACCGCUUACAUGCUUAGAUCUCGCCAACUUUGAUCUUCAUCAGUCAGCUGUUUCGCUUAAACAGGCAUGUAUGGAUUGUGGAUUUUUCUAUGUCAUAAAUCAUGGUAUAAGUGAGGAGUUGAAGGAAGAGGUUUUCGAGCAGAGCAAGAAAUUCUUUGAUCUUCCUUUGGAGGAUAAAAUGAAAGCCUUGAGAAACGAAACGCAUCGAGGCUAUUCACCAGCCCUUGAGCAGAAUCAAAUCCAUGGAGACUACAACAAAGAGAGCUUUUUCAUGGGAACAGAAGGUCUUAAAGAUGAUUCCCUUGGAGCUAAGCCAUUCUAUAGACCCAACAUUUGGCCUGACUCUGAUGUUUUACCUGGAUGGCGGACGACCAUGGAGAAUUAUCACCUAGAAUUACUGAGGGUUUGUAAGGCUAUUGCAAGAAUAUUGGCAUUGGCGCUAGACUUGGAUGCGGACUACUUUGAUACUUCAGAGAUGCUGGAAAACCCUAUUGCGUAUAUGCGGUUGCUUCACUAUGAAGGGAUGUCUGAUCCUUCUAGAGGUAUAUAUGGAUGUGGAUCACAUACUGAUCAUGGAAUGAUGACUCUAUUAGCAACCGAUGGUGUAAUGGGGCUCCAGAUAUGUAAGGAUAAAGACAUGAAGCCUCAGAAGUGGGAAUAUGUACCUUCGAUCGAUGGAACAUAUAUCGUGAAUCUUGGUGACGUGCUCGAGCGUUGGAGCAACGGCCUUUUUAAAUCCACAUUGCAUAGAGUACUUGCGAAUGGUCAGGACCGAUAUUCCAUUCCAUUCUUCUUGAGUCCAAGUCACGACUGUCUAAUAGAAUGUCUUCCUACAUGCCAGUCCGAAAACAAUCUUCCCAAAUAUCCAGCUAUCAAAUGUUCAGCGUAUCUCACCCAGCGAUACAAAGAAUCCCACAGGGAAACGAGAGCAUCUCCGGAAAAUAGACCUAAGUGAAUUUUAGGGCCAACACCUUUCAAACAAUAAAUGCUUUGUAUUUCCUAGUUGUUGAAAGUGUUUUGUGUUUGGUUAAUAAAGAUGACCAGUUAAGAGAUUUAUUCUGGUUUGUGUUAAAAAUAAAAGAUUUAUUUUGGUUAACUUUGUGAAAAUUGUACACACUGAAAACAAAAGUUAAGGCUCCAACAAGAAAGUAGAGUAUGCAAGUAAACAACUGUUCCGAUAAACC